AUGGUUGUCGCUACUCUUGUCCACGAGCAUUACCGGUUCAUCAACCCAGGUUACUUGCCCGAGCCGCAUAAAGGUGGCCUAGUUGGCAUACUUUGCCCUGAAUGUUCGACGGCUCUCCGUUACUUUGCCGCCAGAGAGGACUCUUGGACAAUCUAUUGUCCACAACGUCCCAGGAAUGAACAUAACUGGCGAACGUGGCGGUGUGAUCAAUUCAACCACGAACGCGCUCUGAUCAACGCAGGAGCCCCCCUUCCCAUCAUUUCAUCCGAAAAAGACUGGGGCCCAAGGAUAUCACCUUUUGGUGUCGUUCUUGGACCCAAACCAACUGUGACAACCACACGAGCAAAGACCCGCCGGGCAACCAAUCAGCUUGCUGAACUGCUCAACCCGAUAGAGGCCAAAGCCCACCCUUUCUUAGGUCGACCUCAACCCGUCCCCCAACUCGAAACACCUCAGCUCGAGUCUCUUGCAGGCCCCUGUUGCAUUCAAUAUGGUUUGGGCCCUUGUUCAAAGCAUACUCGACCCGCUGGCCAACGGCGCGUCCACAACCUCCAUGAUCAACCGCCUCCAGCACGUCUGCCUUCUCAACUGGUGGUGGUACCCGCGAGCGCAAGCACCAGCACCUCCUCUGCAGCUACUACAUGUACUCAACCAACCCCUGACGUCGCACGACCACGGCCCGGUGGCCGCAUUCAUCAAUGGGCCCAAUCACCUGGAUCACUUGGACACAUCCUGGGUUUGCGAACGGUGAUGAACAUCCAUAACGACCGCCGCGAGCGAUAUGAAACUGCCGAACGUCAGAUAGCCAACAAGUAUGAUGAGGCCAAAGUAGUCACAAUCCUACUAUGGCUCAAUGGAGACCAACCCAAGGUCAUUUCUGCGCAUUUUGACCAAUGGCCGAAGGCCAAGCUCGAAGAAUCAACACUGCUCAUGCAAGCUUGCACGCAGAGCCUGGGACCUACUUGGAAUCGAGCGCUGUGUUUCUGGGACGACAAGAUCGACUCAUGGCAUGAGACGAUGGUGACAUUCCCUCACAGGUACCCCAAAGAUGUGAAAGUUGUCGUAGUACGGUCGCCACACGUGGAUCCUGGGUCCCCCGGCUUGCCACAACCCAAGGCCCGCAAAUUAAUUCCCACCCCUGCGCUCGCCAACUCGCCGGAAACCUCCCAACCAAAAGACACCUUAGUACGAGGCCGCUCUCCUUCGCGUCCUGCAAGAACCAGCCCUCCUCCUGAAUCAGAUUCCGAUGAUGAAGUGACGGUGGUGAGAUCAUAUUUGACAGAUCGUGCCGAUGCUAAUAAACGGGCCAGCACAGCAGACCCCGAAAAUUCCGACGAUUCCGACGAAAUCGAGGUGGUGAAGAGCAACUUUGUCACUACGGCAGGGGCCCGCUCAGUCAAACGCGAGACCUCUGAAGACCUACCUAUAUUCGACCCUACCGAUGAAUCACCUCUUGUUCUGGAAGGUGAAGGUGAAGGUGACCGCGACACUGUAUCAGGCACGACUACUUCGACUUGUACUUCUACUUCGAGAGAAUUGAAGCGAAAGUGGCCUGGGAAGCCAGCCAUGGUGCUUGUUUCCACGCUGCUUGCGUGGUACAAGCAAUGUGAGACUCGACCACCACUACAGGCAUGGAAGGACGUGUGGGGCGAGGAAUGGGGUUUGGCGGUUUCGACUGUGUAUAGGUACAGGGCGUGGAUCACCAAGGUCGAUUACGACCGUUUUUACGGUCAUUACCGCAAGUAUCCCCGUGCCACUGUGGAUGAAGCCCGAGUGAUGUAUAAGAAGGAGUUUCAAGCUAUCGUAAACGGGAGGGACGCUUCAACGAAAGAAUAG